GCUUCCAUCCUAACGGAACGAGCUCCCUCUUCACAGACAUGGAAUUAUCCAGCGGCUGCUAACCCCUCUCCUAGCCCCGCUCUCUCCCAACCCGGCGCGGCUCCCCUGGCAGCAAGGCGCUGACUACCAAGGAGCAGUAUUCUCUGUACCUGGGCUGGGCCCCAUUUGGCAGGAACAACAUCGGACCUGACCUGGGUCAGGAAUCUCCAGAAAGACAUGUCUGACAAGAUGUCUAGUUUCCUACAUAUUGGAGACAUUUGUUCUCUGUAUGCGGAGGGAUCGACAAAUGGAUUUAUUAGCACCUUGGGCCUGGUAGACGACCGAUGUGUUGUGCAGCCGGAAGCUGGGGACCUUAACAAUCCACCUAAGAAAUUCAGAGACUGCCUCUUCAAGCUGUGCCCCAUGAACCGCUACUCUGCCCAGAAGCAGUUUUGGAAAGCUGCGAAGCCAGGGGCCAACAGCACAACGGACGCGGUCCUUCUCAACAAGCUGCACCAUGCUGCAGACCUGGAAAAGAAGCAGAAUGAGACAGAAAACAGGAAAUUGCUGGGGACCGUCAUCCAGUAUGGCAAUGUGAUCCAGCUCCUGCAUUUGAAAAGUAACAAAUACCUCACUGUGAACAAGAGGCUCCCGGCUCUGCUGGAGAAGAAUGCCAUGCGAGUGACGUUGGAUGAGGCUGGGAAUGAGGGGUCCUGGUUUUACAUUCAGCCGUUCUACAAGCUUCGAUCCAUUGGGGACAGUGUGGUGAUCGGCGACAAGGUUGUUCUGAACCCCGUCAAUGCUGGCCAGCCCCUACAUGCUAGCAGCCACCAGCUGGUGGAUAACCCAGGCUGCAAUGAGGUCAAUUCUGUCAAUUGCAACACAAGCUGGAAGAUCGUCCUUUUCAUGAAGUGGAAUGAUAAUAAAGACGACAUUCUAAAGGGGGGUGAUGUGGUGAGGUUGUUCCACGCUGAGCAGGAGAAGUUUCUGACCUGUGACGAGCACAGGAAAAAGCAGCAUGUCUUCCUGAGGACCACGGGCCGCCAGUCAGCCACUUCGGCCACGAGUUCCAAAGCCUUAUGGGAGGUGGAGGUUGUCCAACAUGACCCUUGUCGGGGUGGAGCAGGGUACUGGAACAGCCUCUUCCGAUUUAAGCACCUGGCGACCGGACAUUACUUAGCAGCAGAGGUAGACCCUGACUUUGAGGAAGAAUGCCUGGAGUAUCAGCCCUCAGUGGACCCUGAUCAGGAUGCAUCUCGAAGUCGGCUGCGGAACGCCCAAGAGAAGAUGGUGUACUCCCUGGUGUCCGUGCCCGAAGGGAGCGACAUCUCCUCUAUCUUUGAGCUUGACCCUACCACGCUGCGUGGAGGUGAUAGUCUUGUCCCAAGGAACUCCUAUGUCCGUCUGAGGCACCUUUGUACCAAUACCUGGGUUCACAGCACUAACAUCCCCAUUGACAAGGAGGAAGAAAAACCCGUGAUGCUGAAAAUAGGCACCUCUCCUGUGAAGGAGGACAAGGAAGCGUUUGCCAUCGUUCCAGUUUCGCCUGCAGAGGUCCGGGACCUGGAUUUUGCUAAUGAUGCCAGCAAGGUGCUGGGCUCCAUAGCUGGGAAGUUGGAGAAGGGCACGAUCACCCAGAAUGAAAGACGGUCUGUAACCAAGCUGCUGGAGGACUUGGUCUACUUUGUCACUGGUGGAACCAACUCUGGUCAAGACGUGCUGGAAGUGGUCUUCUCCAAGCCCAACAGAGAGCGGCAAAAACUGAUGAGAGAGCAGAAUAUCCUCAAGCAGAUCUUCAAGUUGCUGCAGGCUCCAUUCACGGACUGUGGGGACGGCCCCAUGCUCCGGCUGGAAGAGCUUGGGGACCAGCGACACGCCCCUUUCCGACACAUCUGCCGUCUGUGUUACAGGGUCCUGAGACACUCUCAGCAAGACUACAGGAAGAACCAGGAGUACAUAGCCAAGCAGUUUGGCUUCAUGCAGAAGCAGAUUGGCUAUGAUGUGUUGGCAGAAGACACCAUUACCGCCCUGCUGCACAACAACCGCAAACUCCUGGAAAAACACAUCACUGCAGCGGAGAUCGACACGUUUGUCAGCCUUGUGCGGAAGAACCGGGAGCCCCGAUUCUUAGAUUACCUCUCUGACCUCUGCGUUUCAAUGAACAAAUCGAUUCCAGUGACCCAGGAACUGAUAUGUAAAGCUGUACUGAAUCCAAUGAACGCCGACAUCCUUAUUGAGACCAAGCUGGUUCUCUCUCGAUUUGAGUUUGAAGGGCCUUCUGCUGGGGAGAAUGCUCUGGAGGCAGGUGAGGAUGAGGAGGAGGUAUGGCUGUUUUGGAAGGACAGCAACAAAGAGAUCCGCAGUAAGAGUGUCCGGGAGCUGGCGCAGGAUGCUAAGGAAGGGCAGAAGGAGGACCGAGAUGUUCUCAGCUACUACAGAUAUCAGCUGAACCUCUUUGCCAGGAUGUGUCUGGACCGACAGUACUUGGCCAUCAAUGAAAUAUCAGGCCAACUGGACGUGGACCUCAUUCUCCGUUGCAUGUCUGAUGAGAAUCUGCCCUAUGACCUGAGGGCGUCCUUUUGCCGACUCAUGCUUCAUAUGCACGUGGACCGAGAUCCCCAGGAGCAAGUCACGCCAGUGAAAUAUGCCCGCCUCUGGUCGGAGAUUCCCUCUGAGAUUGCCAUUGAUGACUAUGAUAGUAGCGGGACCUCCAAGGAUGAAAUCAAGGAGCGGUUCGCACAGACCAUGGAAUUUGUGGAGGAGUAUUUGCGAGACGUGGUUUGCCAAAGAUUUCCUUUCUCUGAUAAGGAGAAAAACAAACUCACAUUUGAGGUUGUAAAUUUAGCUAGGAAUCUGAUAUACUUUGGCUUCUACAACUUCUCUGACCUUCUACGAUUAACCAAGAUCCUCCUGGCCAUAUUAGACUGUGUGCAUGUGACGACCAUCUUCCCCAUCAGCAAGAUGGCCAAAGGGGAGGAAAAUAAAGGCAGCAAUGUGAUGAGGUCCAUCCAUGGGGUUGGAGAGCUGAUGACCCAGGUGGUACUCCGGGGAGGAGGCUUUCUGCCCAUGACUCCCAUGGCUGCUGCUCCAGAAGGCAACGUGAAGCAAGCAGAGCCAGAGAAGGAGGACAUCAUGGUCAUGGACACCAAGCUGAAGAUCAUUGAGAUACUCCAGUUUAUUUUGAAUGUGAGGUUGGAUUAUAGGAUCUCCUGCCUCCUGUGUAUAUUUAAGCGGGAGUUUGAUGAAAGCAAUUCCCAGACCUCGGAAACUUCCUCUGGAAGCAGCAGUCAAGAGGGGCCAAGCAGUGUACCAGGUGCUCUUGACUUUGAACACAUUGAAGAGCAAGCAGAAGGCAUUUUUGGAGGGAGUGAGGAGAACACCCCACUGGACUUGGAUGACCAUGGUGGCCGGACCUUCCUGCGAGUCCUGCUGCACCUGACAAUGCACGACUACCCACCACUGGUGUCGGGGGCCCUGCAGCUGCUCUUCCGGCACUUCAGCCAGAGGCAGGAAGUGCUGCAGGCCUUCAAGCAGGUUCAACUGCUAGUGACCAGCCAAGAUGUGGACAACUACAAACAGAUCAAACAAGACUUGGAUCAACUGAGGUCCAUUGUGGAAAAAUCAGAGCUCUGGGUGUACAAAGGGCAGGGCCCUGACGAGGCAAUGGAUGGCCCAUCCGGUGAGAACGAGCAUAAGAAAGUGGAGGAGGGGACUAACAAGCCACAAAAACAUGAAAGUACAAGCAGCUACAACUAUAGGGUGGUCAAAGAGAUCUUGAUUCGACUCAGCCGACUCUGUGUCCAAGAAGGCGCCUCAGUCCGGAAGAGCAGGAAGCAGCAGCAGCGGCUGCUCCGGAACAUGGGUGCCCAUGCCGUGGUGCUGGAGCUGCUGCAGAUCCCCUACGAGAAGGCCGAGGACACCAAGAUGCAGGAGAUCAUGCGGCUGGCUCAUGAAUUCUUGCAGAAUUUCUGUGCAGGCAACCAGCAGAAUCAGGCUCUGCUACACAAACACAUAAACCUGUUUCUCAACCCAGGGAUCCUGGAGGCGGUAACGAUGCAGCACAUUUUCAUGAACAACUUCCAGCUUUGCAGUGAGAUCAACGAGAGAGUUGUUCAGCACUUUGUUCACUGCAUCGAAACCCAUGGUCGAAACGUCCAAUACAUCAAGUUCUUACAGACUAUCGUGAAGGCGGAAGGGAAGUUUAUUAAAAAGUGCCAGGACAUGGUCAUGGCUGAGCUGGUCAGCUCAGGAGAGGAUGUCCUCGUGUUCUACAACGACAGGGCCUCCUUCCAGACUCUGAUCCAGAUGAUGAGGUCAGAGCGGGACCGCAUGGAUGAGAACAGCCCUCUCAUGUACCACAUCCACUUGGUGGAGCUGCUGGCUGUGUGCACAGAGGGCAAAAACGUGUACACGGAGAUCAAGUGCAACUCCCUGCUGCCGCUGGAUGACAUUGUCCGAGUAGUGACCCAUGAGGACUGCAUCCCCGAGGUUAAGAUUGCGUACAUCAACUUCCUGAAUCACUGCUAUGUAGACACUGAGGUGGAAAUGAAGGAGAUUUACACCAGCAAUCACAUGUGGAAGUUGUUUGAAAAUUUCCUUGUGGACAUCUGCAGGGCCUGUAACAACACGAGUGACAGGAAGCACGCAGACUCCAUCCUGGAGAAGUACGUGACUGAAAUCGUCAUGAGUAUCGUCACCACUUUCUUCAGCUCACCCUUCUCAGAUCAGAGUACAAGUCUACAGACUCGUCAGCCGGUCUUUGUGCAGCUGCUGCAAGGUGUGUUCAGGGUGUACCACUGCAACUGGCUGAUGCCCAGCCAGAAAGCCUCUGUGGAGAGCUGUAUCCGGGUGCUCUCAGACGUAGCUAAGAGCCGGGCCAUCGCCAUCCCCGUGGACUUGGACAGCCAAGUCAACAACCUCUUUCUGAAGUCCCACAACAUUGUGCAGAAAACAGCCAUGAACUGGCGACUGUCGGCCCGCAAUGCUGCUCGCAGAGACUCUGUUCUGGCUGCAUCCAGAGACUACCGGAAUAUCAUUGAAAGACUGCAGGACAUCGUCUCGGCGCUGGAGGACCGGCUCCGGCCCCUGGUGCAGGCAGAGCUGUCUGUGCUGGUGGACGUGCUCCAUCGCCCUGAGCUGCUGUUCCCCGAAAACACCGAUGCCAGGAGGAAGUGCGAAAGCGGGGGCUUCAUAUGCAAGUUAAUAAAGCAUACCAAACAGCUGCUCGAAGAAAAUGAGGAGAAACUCUGCAUCAAGGUGCUUCAGACCCUCCGAGAGAUGAUGACCAAAGACAGAGGCUAUGGAGAAAAGCUAAUUUCCCUUGAUGAAUUGGAUAAUGCUGAGCUGCCCCCUGCUCCGGACGCGGAGAACUCCACAGAGCAGGAGCUUGAACCAAGUCCGCCACUGAGGCAGCUGGAAGACCAUAAAAGGGGUGAGGCACUCAGACAAAUUUUGGUCAACCGUUACUAUGGAAACAUCAGACCUUCUGGAAGAAGAGAGAGUCUUACGAGCUUUGGCAAUGGCCCACUGUCUCCAGGAGGACCCAGCAAGCCUGGGGGAGGAGGGGGAGGAUCCGGCUCCAGCUCCACAAGCAGAGGUGAGAUGAGCCUGGCUGAAGUUCAGUGCCACCUCGACAAGGAGGGGGCCUCCAAUCUGGUCAUCGACCUCAUCAUGAACGCGUCUAGUGACCGAGUGUUCCACGAAAGCAUUCUCCUGGCCAUUGCGCUCCUGGAAGGAGGCAACACCACCAUUCAGCACUCCUUUUUCUGCCGGCUGACAGAAGAUAAGAAGUCGGAGAAGUUCUUCAAAGUUUUCUACGACCGAAUGAAGGUGGCCCAGCAAGAAAUCAAGGCAACGGUGACCGUGAAUACUAGUGACUUGGGAAAUAAAAAGAAGGAUGAGGAGACAGACAGAGAUGCCCCUUCCCGUAAAAAAGGUAACGGCCCCUGUCCCAUCCCGGGGACUGCCCUAUUGCAGAACUUCCUUCGGUGCCAGAAUAACAAGACCAACUACAACCUGGUGUGUGAGACCCUACAGUUUCUGGACUGUAUCUGUGGAAGCACGACCGGGGGCCUGGGUCUUCUGGGCCUAUACAUCAACGAGAAGAACGUGGCGCUGAUCAACCAGACCCUGGAGAGCCUCACAGAGUACUGCCAAGGGCCGUGCCAUGAGAACCAAAACUGCAUCGCCACCCACGAAUCCAACGGCAUCGACAUCAUCACUGCCCUGAUCCUCAAUGACAUCAACCCUCUGGGGAAGAAGAGGAUGGACCUUGUGUUAGAACUGAAGAACAACGCUUCCAAGCUGCUCCUGGCCAUCAUGGAGAGCAGGCACGACAGUGAGAAUGCAGAGAGGAUCCUUUAUAACAUGAGGCCGAAAGAGCUGGUGGAAGUGAUCAAGAAGGCCUACAUGCAAGGUGAAGUGGAAUUUGAGGAUGGAGAAAAUGGCGAGGAUGGAGCUGCCUCCCCCCGGAACGUGGGGCACAACAUCUACAUAUUAGCUCAUCAGUUGGCUCGACAUAACAAAGAACUCCAGACGAUGCUGAAGCCUGGCGGGCAGGUGGACGGAGAUGAAGCUCUGGAGUUCUACGCCAAACACACAGCACAAAUAGAGAUUGUCAGAUUGGACCGAACGAUGGAGCAGAUCGUGUUCCCGGUGCCCAGCAUUUGUGAGUUCCUGACCAAAGAGUCCAAACUGCGGAUAUACUACACGACAGAGAGGGACGAGCAGGGCAGCAAAAUCAACGACUUCUUCCUGCGGUCCGAGGACCUGUUCAAUGAAAUGAACUGGCAAAAGAAACUGCGAGCCCAGCCUGUGCUGUACUGGUGUGCUCGCAACAUGUCCUUCUGGAGCAGCAUCUCCUUUAACCUGGCCGUCCUGAUGAAUUUGCUGGUGGCGUUUUUCUACCCAUUCAAAGGCGUCCGAGGAGGGACUCUGGAGCCGCACUUGUCGGGCCUGCUAUGGACAGCCAUGCUUAUCUCGUUGGCCAUUGUUAUUGCUCUGCCCAAGCCCCAUGGCAUCCGGGCGCUAAUUGCUUCUACAAUCCUCCGGUUGAUAUUUUCAGUUGGAUUACAACCCACGCUGUUUCUUCUGGGAGCUUUCAAUGUCUGCAAUAAAAUCAUCUUUCUAAUGAGCUUCGUGGGCAACUGUGGAACAUUCACCAGAGGAUACCGAGCCAUGAUCCUUGAUGUUGAGUUCCUUUAUCACUUGCUCUAUCUGCUCAUCUGCGCCAUGGGGCUCUUUGUCCAUGAAUUCUUCUACAGCUUGCUGGUCUGCAAUAAAAUCAUCUUUCUAAUGAGCUUCGUGGGCAACUGUGGAACAUUCACCAGAGGAUACCGAGCCAUGAUCCUUGAUGUUGAGUUCCUUUAUCACUUGCUCUAUCUGCUCAUCUGCGCCAUGGGGCUCUUUGUCCAUGAAUUCUUCUACAGCUUGCUGCUUUUUGAUUUAGUGUACAGAGAAGAGACGCUGCUUAAUGUCAUCAAAAGUGUCACUCGCAACGGACGGUCCAUUAUCCUGACAGCGGUCCUGGCUCUGAUCCUGGUGUACCUGUUCUCCAUAGUGGGCUAUCUCUUCUUCAAGGAUGAUUUUAUCCUCGAAGUAGACAGGCUGCCCAAUGAAACGGCUCUCCCAGAAGCCAGUGAGAGUUUGGCAAGUGAGUUCCUGUCCUCGGAUGUGUGCAGGGUGGAUUCUGGGGAGAACUGUUCCUCCCCUGCACCCAAAGAAGAGCUGGUCCUGGUGGAAGAGCUGGAAGAAGAUAAGGAGCAUACGUGUGAGACGCUGCUCAUGUGCAUUGUCACCGUCCUGAGUCACGGGCUGCGGAGCGGGGGUGGAGUGGGCGACGUGCUCCGGAAGCCGUCCAAAGAGGAGCCCCUCUUUGCAGCCAGAGUGAUUUAUGACCUCUUAUUCUUCUUCAUGGUCAUCAUCAUUGUCCUGAAUCUGAUCUUCGGUGUCAUUAUCGACACCUUCGCCGACCUGAGGAGUGAAAAGCAGAAGAAGGAAGAGAUCUUGAAGACCACAUGCUUCAUCUGUGGUUUGGAGAGAGACAAGUUUGACAACAAGACAGUCACCUUUGAAGAACACAUCAAGGAAGAGCACAACAUGUGGCAUUACCUGUGCUUCAUUGUGCUGGUAAAAGUGAAGGACUCCACAGAAUACACGGGACCGGAGAGUUACGUUGCCGAGAUGAUCAGGGAUCGGAAUCUCGACUGGUUCCCGAGGAUGAGAGCCAUGUCCCUGGUCAGCAGUGACGCUGACGGAGAGCAGAAUGAGCUGCGGAACCUGCAGGAGAAGCUCGAGUCUACCAUGAGGCUGGUCACGCACCUUUCUGGCCAGCUGUCCGAACUGAAGGACCAGGUGAGCACAGGGUCCCCUGCCCCAACCCCACUGAAUUAG